CGCAAAGUGACGUCACUACCAUGGCAACAAGCUGUUGACCAACUGAAUGACCCAUAAAAGUUCAGCAGUCUGUGUGCGCAGUAGAGAUGGGGGAGGGGUGUGUGAGAGCGGAUCCUGGCUGUAUGAAGUUUCCUGGUUCCUCCUCCAUUCCGACCAAAUACCAAACUGUGAUCAUCAGUAAUGUGGAGAAGAAAGGCUUCAGCUCCCAGGCCAAGCGUUUCACACCCUCUAUAAACGAGAAUCCCGGCCCAGGCUCGUAUUUGUCCCACAAGUCCGCUGACUCCUGCAGUCCGUCUUACUCCAUGAAAGGAACCGGAAGCUUCGCGUCAAAGGCUCUCAGAGUCAGCCGUAAACCACAGACACAUACAUCUCCGGCCCCCAACAUCUAUAACCUGCAGAGCUCGCUGCUUCGAAAGCACGACUUCAACAGGGACGUUUCCAGAACCUUCCACCUGCCCAUCGCUGUUCGGACUCCAAACACUCACCAGAAAUCACCAGCACCAAACCAGUACAACGUGUGUUACAGUGGAGUGGAGGUGAACUCAGUCGUAUCAGCUCAGGCUGCUUUUCUCUCUAAAACAAAACGCAGUGAUGUUUGUCCUUCUGCAGCAAAAGGACCGUCUCCAUGUCACUACAACGUGAAGGACACAGUGAUACAGAAAUCCCCUAUAAUACCGUUGUCCUGCUUCAAGUCCACUUCCUCCAGGAUUCAGACUUCAGUAAGGAGUGAAGGCCCGGGUCCAGGAUCGUACAGUCCUUAUAAAACUCCAGAACCUGUCAAGAGGACCAUCAUACCGAGAAGGCAUUACUUAGGCCUCUCAGCUCCUCCUCUGAUUCCUCCUAAAGACCCCCCACUGCCUGGACCUGGUCAGUAUGACAUUGUGAACGACACCAGACCUCCUAAACACCUCAUGGCCAGCGCUGUGUUCCUGUCCAACACACACAGACAGCCACACCACACCAGAGGACAUGGCGUGCCAGGGCCAGGCUCCUAUGAGCCAGACGUCCCUACAAAGCGCUCGUUCCUACACAAUCAAGCCAACAUGUGGAUCCCGGCGUAGAGACAAGCUUUCAGGAGAAAGACAUUACAGCACUGCAGUCCCUGUUUAUGGGACACCGACUUUACAGAAAUUAAUUUACAGCUCUAAAUUUACAUUUUAGAGCUGUAUAUGACCACGUUCCAUAAAUGUAUUACACAUCAAAAUUGAAUAUUAUAUUGUUUAAUUUUUAUUUAGUGACCCGAUUUAUCACUUUCCAUUUUCUUAAGCAUUUAAGAGGACAAGAAAAUGGUGAAAUUUAGCUAAUUUCGAAAAGACAUUUUACUCAUUAAACAACUGAUUAAUUUGAUUAACUGACUGAGUAACCGGCUGACCAUCUGACUGAGUUUAUAUGUGACUGACUGACUGAAUAACUGACUGUCUGACUGACUGACAAACUGACUCUCACUGAAUGACUGACUAACUGACUAAAUAACUGAUUAACUGAUAGACUGACUGACUGAUUGAUUGAAUGACUGACUGACUGACUGACUCUGACUGAAUGACUGACUGAUCGACUGACUGACUGAUUGAUUGAAUGACUGUCUGACUGACUGACAAACUGACUCUCACUGAAUGACUGACUGAUCGACUGACUGACUGAUUGAUUGAAUGACUGACUGACUGACUGACUCUGACUGAAUGACUGACUGAUCGACUGACUGAGUAACUGACUGACUGAUUGAUUGACUAAUUAACUUACUGAGUAACUGACUGACUGAGUAACUGACUGACUGAUUGAUUGAAUGACUGACUGACUGACUGACUGACUGAGACUUACUGACUGACAGUUUAAGUGACUGAGUUUCUAAGUAACUAAAUUUUAUUUAUUGACCGACAAACUAGUCAAAUGACAGAGUGAUCGAGUAACUAACUGACCAAAUAAACAGUGUACUGACUAAUGUCCCAAACAUCUGAGUAACUGACUGACAAAUUGAACGAGUAACAUGAGUGUAUAUUUUACUGACUGAGUAACCAGCUGACUAACUGAUAGUGUGACUGAUGAUCAUUUGACUUAACCCAGCUGUGAAUAUGGCACCGUGUCAGAAAUGUGAAACAUUUUGCAGCCAGUUGUUCAUUUUCCAAUGUUACUUUAAUCAUCCAUUACUGUGGAUGCAGAAAUUAGCCUGUUGCUAAUCACAGACUAACAGCUGAAUGUUCCUGUUUAACAGCUGAUGCUGGAUCAGUUUGGGUGCCUACGGUAUGUGACGAAAGAAGCCUAACGCACUGAUCCAGGGUCAGUCAUAGAGCAGUUGGAGUAACAGGAUCUCAGAGCCACAACAACUGUGG